AUGGAUAACACUUCACGCUACUGGGUUGAUAGAGUGAAAUACGCUCCAAUGCCUUGGGCCAUCGCUAUUAUAACAUCAGUGUUAAGCAGUAUCCUUGCUCUUGUGGGAACACUAACCAAUGGAUUGGUAAUGUACCUCAUUACUCAAAUAAAGAGAUUCCAACAAAUACAAAAUAUGGAUAUACUCAUCCUAAGUUUGUGUUUGUCUGACUUUGUAUCGAGUGUUGCUGUACAGCCACAAUUAAUACCACGCAUCCUUGCACGUUCUCGGAUCCCAGCAGGACAAUCAUUGUCACUUCACAUCACGUCACAUUUCACUCUUACGUCAGGAUCUUUAAGUCUUCUGUGCAUCACCUUCAACAGAUAUUUGUCAGUCAAAUUUCCGUUUUACUACGCAAACCACAUCACCGAAAUGAAGAUGUAUGGCUGUUUAGUAACAAUCUUCUCUGCCGCUGUUGGCAUGGCAGUUUGGGUGUAUUUUGAUGGGCAGUCAGAAUCUGCAAAAUUUCCAAUUAUAAUCAGUGUUAUAUUUUCUCUCACAUUAAUUCUUCAAAUUAUGAUCUUCGUGAUAAUCCAAGCUCAGAAUCGCAACCUGCGUCGACAAAUCGUGGCAGUUCAACACAAUCAAAGUGAUAUUCCGGUGCACAUGACCAGACAAAGUAACAUUCAACGUGCCAAAACGAACAGAACAAUCCUGUAUAUUUGUGCUGUUUUUAUUGCAACAUGGCUACCUUCAAUUAUAUUUCGUGUUUACUAUGUAUUUCAUGGAAAUGUUACAUUUUACAUUCAGUGGCUCCAUAUUUUUAACGUUGUUAUUCAAAUUCAUUCCUGUAUCAAUCCUUGGCUCUAUACAUUACGUACAUCCCGGGUCAAACAAGUUCUGAUAAGGAUUUACCGAAGAGAGUAUCACCAGUAG